CAAUCAUCGACACAUCGUUUUGUUAGCAUUCUUGAGGUGGAAGUUAUAUUUUCUUCCGCCCUAAAGAAAUAAAUGAAUCCAGGUAUUACAAGAUAAAAACGAACAAAAAUGAUGAUGAUGAGAAGAAGGCUCGCUUGCUGCACCCGGGACAGAGAGCUCAGCUUCGAUUUUGAUGAACAAGAGAGAAUAAUGACAUAUAAUGGCCUUGAGAGUUGUAUUCUCAAUAAUCAAUCUUAUGAGAAUGAAAGUAGAAGAAGCAGAGGUGAAGGGUGUGUCACAGACUCCUUGGAUGAUGGCGAGUCAAGCUGUUCUUCUAGCAGAGAUGCUUUUGGAUCAUUUUCUUCUAAAUGGUUGCCCGGGAAGAGGGAUGACCAGGGUUCAGAUGAUUGGGAGCUCUCUGAAAGCCCCCAACAUUUUUAUGUCAAAGAGAAACGUUCUUAUGCCAUUCGAUAUUCAGAUGUUGAGACAAUGAAAGAAAAAUUUGCAAAGCUGUUAUUGGGUGAAGAUGUUAGUGGGGGACGUAUGGGUGUCACCACUGCACUAGCAUUGUCAAAUGCCAUAACAAAUCUUGCAGCCUCAGUCUUUGGGGAGUUGUGGAAAUUGGAGCCACUGCCUGAAGAAAGGAAGAGCAAAUGGCAGAGAGAGAUGGAGUGGUUGCUCUCUCCAACAAACUAUAUGGUUGAGUUAGUUCCUGCAAAGCAAAAUGCUGGCAAUGGCCGAACCUUGGAGAUAAUGACUCCAAAGGCUCGUGCAGACAUCCACAUGAAUCUUCCGGCACUUCAAAAGUUGGAUUCAAUGCUUCUUGAGACAUUGGAUUCAAUGGUGAAUACUGAGUUUUGGUAUGCAGAAGUGGGUAGCCGUGCAGAAGGAAGGAACAAGAGUACUAGAGAGAGCAAGAGAUGGUGGCUCCCAUUGCCCCAAGUACCGGCAAAUGGGAUCUCUGACAUGGAGAGGAAAAAAUUGCUUUCUCAGGCUAAGGUGGUGUAUCAAGUAUUCAAGGCUGCCAAAUCCAUCAAUGAGAAUGUUUUGCUUGAAAUGCCUGUGCCAAGCAUUAUAAGGGAUGCACUUCCCAAGUCUGGAAAGGCAAGUCUUGGUGAGGAAUUGUACAAGGUCCUGAGCGAAGAAUCAAGCUCCAUUGAGGAAAUGCUAAAUCUAUUGAAUUUAAUAUCAGAACACAGUGUGCUUGACGUCAUCAACAAGUUAGAAGCUGCAGUGUUCGCUUGGAAAGAAAGAAUUACUGAACAAGUAACUGGUAAAUCACCUGUCCAGACGUCAUGGUCCUUCAUCAAAGAUCCCUUAUCCGAGCUGGAUAAGACAGAGUCACUAUUGCAACGAGCCGAAGCCCUUAUACAGCAUCUCAAGACUAAAAAUCCUAACCUUCCUCAAACUUUUCUUGAGGCCACAAAAAUCCAAUAUGGCAAGGAUGUUGGGCAUUCAAUACUAGAAGCAUACUCGCGAGUUCUUGGAAACUUGGCAUUCAGCAUACUGUCUAGGAUCGGAGAUAUUCUGCAAGAAGAUGCUGUGAGCAAUCCCAAUUCACCUGUAGCAAAAUAUCACCUUCCAGGAUCAAAAACAAAUGCAAACUUGGAGAUGCCGUGGCUUAGUCUACGCGUUAGGCACUCGCUCAUCAAUCAGAUGAACCCAGUAGAUGGAAAAUUCAAUGGUUUUGACGCAAAUAGUUAUAAUGUUUCAGAAAUUUCAUGCAAUGAAACCAAAACAAGCUCUGUUAGUGCUUCGCCAAGUUUGAGUCGAGUAUGGUGUAUCGGUAAAGAGGCUUGUAUAGGUUUGUCCCCGGGAAAUUCUCCUUGAUUAAAGAAGAGUGAGCUGAUGCAAAUCUGUACUAGUACUUUUUUUUUUCUUUUCAAAAUCCUAUGACCAUAUAUUAUUCUUAGCGAGUACAAAUACAAUUAAUUUU